AUGUGCCGUCGGUCCCACGUCUCAGGACCUCUGGUGCACUGCCUCCGGGUGCACUGCCUCCAGGGGGCGCAUGGCCCCCUCUCCCGGAGUUCUCCUCUCCGUCGUGGGCCUCUUGCUCACCGGGCCGGGCUGGACAGACAACGAAGCCGCUUGGGCGCCCCGGGCCCCUGCGCAUGUGGGCGGGGCGGGUGCUUGGAUCUCCUGCUUGGAAACGGCCUCUCCGCCGAACUUGGGGCUACCGUGGUGUUCGGGUGGGUGAGGCCCGGUAUCCUGGCCCUCCUGCACCCGGCUCACCGCUUCAUCCGGCCAUCCAACGUUGCCGCGCACACAGCCCUGACAGUGGCGGCGACAGGCACCCUCUCCGACGCCGGGUUGCCGAGCCAGGGGUCGCUGUCCGCUGCUUUUGCCCUGUUCCCGGCUGCGGCCACGGAGAUGCUAUGCGGGCUGCUGGCUGGGCCUCCCACGAAGGCAUGCGUCACCACUUGGAUGACCACUGCUCCGGCAGAAUAUCUCCAGCCCCACCGGCUUGACUUGUGCUCGGUCUGCGGGCUCCUUGUUGGCCGCCGAUACAACGGCGUCCACCCCAGAUGCAGGCCGCACAGCCGCCACCACGUUGCAAAUCACGGCCACGCAUCGGCCCAGGACCCAGGCCUCCCCAGUUUCAGCACCAUCAUGGGCCACACCGCGCCCACGUUGCGACAUGUCCCCCAUGUCGCCCGGGCGGCCUGGGCCCAAUGCCUUGCUCGUGCCGUGGCUGCGGCGGCUACUACCAACACAGGGCCUGCCUGGCAAGAGUUGCUUAUGCUGCCUAAAGCUGUUCUUGCAGCUCCUCUGCGAGGCGGCGGACGGCACCACAAGCAAGCGGCGCUCUCCACACUCAGACGUUGCCAGCGGUGGCUGGCUGGCGAACGCAUGGAGCUGUGGGAUGAGUUAGUGCAGCCCCGGCCGUCACGCGCCAGAGCUGAUGGCGUGGAAUUGGCUGCCCAGCAUACAUGCUGCUGCGCACUGGCGGCAGAAGGCGAAUUGUCUCGAGCAUGCGCUGCUUUGACGGAGCCUCCGCCACUGCCACCUUCACGGGCAACAUUGGAAGCUUUAGCCGCCCAACACCCCCAGGCUGCUCCUCCGGACGUGGCUCAGCUUGGGCUGGCCCGCCCGGCCGCAGUGCCUGAAGUGACCAAAGAGAACGUUGUCCGGGGAGUGCGCAGCUUUUCCCGAGCUUCGGCUCCUGGACCCUCCGGCCUCCGGGCAGACCAUCUGAAGGAAACGCUGUCCACCGCUCACGGCGAUGAGGUGGCUUCCCACCUGGUUGCUUUGUGUCAGCUGCUAGCGCGUGGAGAGGCGCCUGCGCUUGUGGCCCCCCACUUAGCCGGCGCACGCCUUCACGCCCUCCCCAAGAAACAGGGCGGCGUACGCCCCAUUGCAGUUGGCGAGACUCUGCGUCGCUUGGUGAGCAAGGUGCUUUGCCAAGCUGUGCGGGAGGACGCUGUCAACCACUUUUGGCCCUUGCAGACUCGAGCAGCUUUUCCCGGCUUAGCCUGUUGGGCUGAUUGGUCGGCCGUUGACUUUUCCUUGUUCCCGGCCGGGUUUGCUGUGAAAGGAGCAGCUUUCGACCUCCUUGGGGCCCCUAUUGGAGACAGUGAGUACUGCACCCAAGCCACUCUUUCCGACAAGGUGCAGAAAGCUGGGAAGGUUUUGGACGCGUUGGGCGAGCUUGACAACCCACAAGUCAGUUUGCAAUUGCUGCGGCACUGCGCGUCCUUCACCGAGCUUGUGCACAACAUGCGCACCACCCCCGCUGGGCUCCACAGUGCAGCACUCGUAGCCUUUGAUGGAAAAGUGCGCGCCUGCCUCGAAUCCAUUGGCUGCUUCCCAGUUCCAGACCGGAUCUGGCAACAAGCGACUUUGGGCGUUAAGCACGGCGGGCUGGGCCUUCGACAAUGCGCCGUUCAUGCUACAGCUGCUUACCUUGCUUCUGUGGCUACCACGCAAGAAGCAUGUCGAGGUUUAGAUGGGCGGUACAACCCGGACUGGCCAACUUCCUCUGCGACUGCUGCAACCUACAAGGCAGUUGUCCUGGAAGCGGAUCGCUUCCGUGGUGACCAAGCCCAUCGCCAGCAAGCCCUCUCAGCUGCUUUAGACAAAGCGCAACUGGCGCAGCUGCUGGUGACUGCAGAGGACGCCAGUGGCCGAGCCCACCUUCAACUACUCCAGCAGCCGGCAGCGGGGGCAUGGCUGUUGGCCCGCCCAUCUCCGGCCCUUGGCCUUGACUUGGACCCUGCCUUUUUUCGGGUACUGCUCCGUUUCCGGCUCCGUAUUCCUGUUGCAAGCUCUGAUGGCUAUUGCCCCUUGUGCGACGGGAUCGCGGACCGCUUUGGAGAUCACGCACGGGCUUGCCCGUGCGGUGGGGACCGUACAAAACGUCACAACCGCCUUCGAACAGUUUUGGCUGCCAAAGCCACUGCUGCUGGGCUCAGCCCAGAGGUUGAAAAGAUGGGGCUUUUGCCGGAACGACCCGAGGAACUUGGAGCCAGUGAGGUCGGCCGGCCCUCCGUUUCCCAGAGAAGACCUGCAGAUGUGUACUUACCCAACUGGGGGGCCUAUGGACCUGCCGCCAUGGACCUUGCAGCCACCAGUGGCAUGCGGGGCUCAGUGUUGGCCACCUCUGCUGGCGACGGGGCUUCGGCAGCUGCAAACUACGAGAUCCGAAAAAAGAUCCACCACAAUACUGCCCAGCUGUGUGCUGGACAAGGCUUACAGUUCAUCCCGCUGGUGGUUGAAGCCUGCGGCGGCGGGUGGGGCCCGACCGCCGUUGCCACCUUCCGAAAACUGGGCGCUUUGCACGCUUCUCGACUUGGGAUGUCUGCGAGUGAUGGGGCCGAACAACUUUUCCAAGCUUUGUCUGUUGCCCUGCAACGUGAGAACGCGCGGGCCGUCCUCCGACGGCUCGCUGAGUCCUCUGACAGUGUGCCAUCCUUGGCCGAGCCUUGA